AUGGAUCUGGAGGACAUCAUCCAACGCGUGAGCAUGCUCGAAACUUGCGUGACGGGCGAUGUACCGUUUUGGGAGACGAUUGAGAACCGUCUCCUGGAAGACUGUCCGGCCUAUGUCCUGGGCAAAAAGUUCACGAAGGAGCAGCAAGGUUUUCUGAGAAUUGAGGGAGAAAGGAUUCUAACCGCUUUUCAGGUCUCGAUGAGUUGAAAGACUAUGUCAGAUCGAGGUUUUGGUUCACUUAUCGGAAAAAUUUUGCUCCUAUCGGUGAGUUUGCAAGGGUUUGAACUUAAGAAGUGCUCGAAAUCGUGAAAAUAAAUCAAAUUUUAGGCGGUACUGGUCCCGAAAGCGACCAAGGCUGGGGGUGUAUGCUCCGAUGCGCUCAGGUUUUUGUUUUCGGAUAAAAAUUUCAGAGAAUAAUUCGCAAAAAAUUAUUUUCAGUCAAUUUUAGUUUUUAAGAGUUAAAAUACUUAUAGUUAUCGGAUUGAGAAGCUUUCUCAAUGGUAAUAAAAUUCAUUAAUCCCUACUUUGGGAUCAUAAAUAUCAAAGCUUUUCACACAAUUGUCCUUCAAAAAUUGCGAUUCUUUGGUAUCAACGGCGAGUUCGAAACACCUUGAAAUGGAGUACUACUGUUUGGAAAAUUUUCUAUUCUUAUAAUUGAAAAUUUAAGAACUAGUUCAUAGAAAACAGAUGUUGAACGGAAUCAACAUUUUCGUUAUAGUAAUGUAAAAAAAAGGACAAGUUUGAUUUAGAUGCUUCUCGGAGAGACUCUGCUCCGUCGUCACAUCGGCCGACACUACAAGUGGAAGGUGGGCGUCGAGCCUUCCGGCGACUACGAAAGGAUCCUCAGAAUGUUUUUCGACGAGAAAACAGCACUCUAUUCAAUUCAUCAAAUCGGUUCAUUGAUUUUUCUAUAAAUGGAAAGGAAAAACCGUUCUUACAGCUCAAAUGGGCGUUUCUGAAGGAAAAGCUGUCGGGGAGUGGUUCGGACCAAAUACGGCAGCGCAGGUACGUGUGGCCAAAAGGGCUUAAAAAUUAAAAUAGCCCAAGAAAGAACAAGUUUUUUAAAAUGAAACCCUUAAGUUUUUAAUACUUUCUUCCGCUUUCUCAUGUUCAACUUGCCGUCAGAACUGUCUUUCUUGUCUAUUUAGUUGAAGAAAAAUAUUCUAGACCUUGUUAAUUUUUUUUUGCGAGUUCAUUAAUCUGGAGCACAUCCAAGGUUUGAGUACAAAGAAAACUGGAUAUUUAUUUAUAAUCCAUUUUUGCCAAUUUUUAAAUUCUUUAGAUUUUCCUUUCGAUUACUAGAUUUCAAAGUGGCAACCUAGGGCUGGAUGUAGUACUUUCCGUUUUAAAAAGGUUAUUUCUUCGAAGAUUCCACUCCAUUUUUUUUUUUUUGGAAAAAUUUCUGCAAAGUUUUAUAGAAAUUUAUAAAAGUUUUUUUACUCUUUUUUUCAUAAUGAGAGCUCAAAAACGAAAAAAACGAAAAAUGAAAAAAACUCAAAUGAGAAAACUGAUAAAAAAACAGAGAUUUCCUGUGAAAGGAUCUUCUAGAAUUUAAGAAAAGGAUUUUUCGGAAGGAAAAGUUCUUUCUUUUGAUCGUGAAUGUUUGGUUAAGGUGAUCAAGAAGUUGGCAGUGUUCGACGCGUGGUCGAACGUCGCCGUGCACGUCGCCAUGGACAACAUCGUGGUGGUGCGCGACGUCCAGACGAUGGCCACCAUCGUCCCGCCCACCGACGCCGUCAAACUCAUCAUGGGUUAGGAACUUGUCGUCGAAGACGUCCAACUUCUGUUUCAAGCCGAUGGAAACGUCGACGAGUCGCAUCUGCGGCAAGAGCCCGUCAACGAGAAGUCGGGCCGGAACCGCAGUUCGACUUCUUUUUCUGUGAACCCCGACGAAUGGCGACCUCUUCUUCUUAUUAUUCCUCUCCGUCUCGGGCUCCGGACCAUCAACAAGUGUUAUCUGGGGGCCAUUCAGGUUGGAGUAGACCUUUUUCCAACGAAAAAAGCUUUUUCAGGAAGUUUUCAAACUCGAUUCUUGCGUCGGAAUCAUCGGCGGAAGACCCAACCACGCUCUUUAUUUUCUAGGCAUCGCUGGCCAAAAGGUUUUUUUUUUCUCUUGUAAACUUCAUCAUGUUUCAAAAAUUGAUAUUCAAUAUCAAUUUCAUAACUAUUUCAAGCAUUCCAGAAAAAAAUUUCCUGAUUCAAAUAUACCUUACUAAAAUAAAAAUUUUGCAUAUAUUUCAAGUAUUUCACUAAUCCAUCGUUUUUCCAGCUCGUUUUUCCUGGACCCUCAUUACUGUCGUCCCACGAUCACGACGUCUUCUAGCUCCUCGAUGCUGUCUGAAGGCUUCGUCAUGAAUCCAGAAGGCGAAGAGAGUGACGUCAUCAAGCAGCCGUCUCCAGAGUCCAAAGGACCCUCGACAUCAUCUCCACGAGCCUUUGCUUAUGGCUUUGACGACGGAUUCAGCCAACUCGAAGAAGUUCGUUCUUUUAAACUUUUUGUAUUAAAUCGUUAGAUUCAUAGAAUAAAUGAUAAUCAAACGUUUUUUGUUCUAAAUGCUCAUUUUCUUAUCAGAAAACUUGCAAUAAAUCUCUUGGUUUACACCUUCAGAUGUUCCUGAAGGUUUCAUUAAAUUGAGAAAGCCUUUUUUAGCAACUCGUUUCAAAUUAUUGCACAUGAUGAGAAAUUUCCAACUUUUCAGCUUGAGCCUUUGCCUUCUUCAACGUCGAACGACGAGCUGAAGCUGGACGACUCCACCUACCAUUGUCAAAUGCUUCUUCACAUCGAUUAUGACCUGGUCUGUCGGUUCCUUCCACAUUCUGAGAACUGUGAUGUUCAGGUUGAUCCAUCAUUGGCCCUGGCAUUUUUCUGUGAGACAGCGGAAGAGUUCGAUAAAUUGACAGUUCAGUUAAGAGAGGUUUCCCAUCAGCGAAGCAUGUUCGGAACCAGUAAUUUGUUCAGAAAGUGUUCCCGGCCUCGUCGCCUCCACUUUUCGAGCUUCUGGAAAAACGGCCGUCGUAUUGGCCGCCGUUUGAGCCGUACGUAGGCGUCAAAGCAAAGAUCGAAAUGAACGGUAAGAAUUAAGAGAAGCGUUCUGAAACCAGGAUCCGAUUUACAGAAUUCGACGACAUGGGAGCGCCUAACUACGACAUUGACGACGGCUUCGAGCUUCUUGAAGAGUGA